AUGACUUUUACGUCUUCGAAUUUAACCUUUAAAUCUCUUAAUUAUGGUUCAAACCGAGAAAAUAUUAGUAUUGGUGAAGAUACCAUCAAGUUGGUCACCAACAAAAAUGGAACUUACGAUGUGCCAGAGAAGAAAAUUUUAAUCAAAGUUCAUUCAGCCGCGCUUAACCCAGUAGACGUGGUUUUAUACAACUCUGCACAUCCUCUAUUGUCAUACUUUUUCGGCAAGCAGGGUUUUGGAAGAGACUACUCUGGAACAAUUGUAAAAAUUGGCGGUGUUGCAGCAAAGAAGUUUGAUUUCAAAGUUGGCGAUGAAGUGUGUGGAUUGUAUAUGCAUCCAUUUGGCAAAGGAACUUGUAGCGAAUAUGUAAUGGUUGAUCCUACAGUUGACAAGGCUAUUGGCUUGAAGCCUAAAAAUUUGACUAUGGAAGAAGCUAGUUCUUGGCCCUUGGUUUAUGGAACGGCUGAAGGUAUGCUCGGAGUAAGGAAUGCCAAACAUAAACCGGAACUUAACGAGCAAAGUAAAGUUUUAAUAAUUGGAGCUUCAACUUCUGUCGGAAGAUACCUCCUUCAAAUCUGUUCCAAGAAAUACCACAUCAGUGACAUUGUAGCUGUUUGCUCAUCCAAGUCCGAACAAGCUGUUCGCGAACUUGGUGCUACUAGUAUUAUCGAUUACACUAAAUUGUCGAAGGAUCAAGGAGGAAUUUACCCUCCAGCAAAGGAGCUUGCGGCAUCUGGCAAGUUCGAUUUGAUUUUGGACUGCGUAGGAAACUCCGAUUUCUUGAACGAUACUCGUAUGGGAAAUACUCUUAAGUCUAAUGGUGAUUAUGUUACUAUUGUUGGUGAUAUUAAGACUGAAUAUGGCACUAGGACUAUUAUGAAAAUUAUGAAAAAUUGGGACCCAUUGUUCAGAAAGAUAAGAGAACUACUUGGUCGGUUGCCAUAUAGCUACCAUGUAGUCCUCACCGAACCAGAGAAAGAGUGGACUGAUAGAGCAAUACAAGGUUUUGAGGAUGGAACGCUUCAGGUUCAAGUUGAUAGCGUUUACGACUUUGAAGACUAUGGAAAAGCUAUUGAUAGAUUGAAGUCCAACAGAGCGACUGGAAAGGUCGUUAUUAGGAUUUGA